AUGGCAAGGAUUUUGAAUAAAGAACAAUCUCAAGUCCUUGAAGCAGCUGUGAAAGGGCACAACCUAUUUGUAACUGGGCAAGCUUUCUCUGGGAAGUCAUUUGUAGUAAAGGAAAUUUUUAAACGUUUCACUUUGGCCGUCAAGAGGGUAUGCAUUAUAUGCUCCAGCGGCAUCGCAACGACUGUUUAUAGUGAUCUAAACACUGAAGUCAGCACAGUACACUCUUUUUUUGGACUGCAAACAGCAGAUCUGCCGUAUGACUUGGUUGUGGACAGGUCAACGUCCAAUAAUAUAGUCAUUGAAAGAGUAGCAAACUAUGACUGUCUUAUCUGGGACGAAGUCAGCAUGUCCAGUCGAAGAAUCCUUCAACUCGUCAACGAGAUUCAACUGCUACUGACAGCCCCCGAUCGCGACCAUGCUAACCCUCUGGCUGGAAAACAAGUCAUUUUAGUCGRAGAGUUUUUACAACUUAGACUGGUCCCAAGCUUGUUCGAUGAGGGGGAAUUUUUAUUCCGCUCGCCGAUAUUUCAGAAGGCCUUUCCCCAUCGCUUCAGUCUCACGCAAAUUAUGCGUCAAGACGAGAACCUGAACCUCUUCCUUCAGUGCCUCAAAGAACUUCGUCUGGGACAGUGUUCUGAUAACACUCUUCAUUUUCUUCGUAGUUUGUCAAGACCUCUUCAGCCAGCGUCCAAGGAUCCUGUCCACAUCUUUUUCAGGCGAAUUCCCAUGGAAAUGUACAACCUGGAUGUCUUGCUAACUUUGCCUGGGGAACUUAUCACCUUUAAAGCGGUAGAUAGCAAAGAUACARGAAACAUCAAGUGCCCAGCAGAACGCAUAUUGCUUCUCAAGCCCGGCGCCCUCGUAAUGUUGGUUUGGAACAAGUCGAGAGACUUAAAAAAUGGCUCACAAGGAGUGUUUAUCGAAACACGAGGGGAAGUUCUCUUUGUCGACUUCCAGAACGCUGGAAGAGUGGCAAUUCAGAGGGAGACCUGGCAGAAGUGCGCAAAUGUAGUUAAAGGUGUAUUAAAGAGACAUGUACCUUUACAGGGAUAUAAGCUGAGACAUAUGAACAUUUUGCGUCGUGGAUCUAAUGUGAGAGAUGUGCCAGAUGUACAUGUUGAAUCGUCAUCUGAAUCAGAGAACGAGACAUCAAGUAACUUCCAAG